AUGUUAAAUGUGACACAGCCGGACGAAAUUAUGAAUAACAAUGAUAAACUGUUGGAUCUAGACGCCAUGAAGGAGCAUCCAGAAGGAAUGUGCAAGUGUCCCAGAGUAUAUUUUCCAGUAUGUGCUACUAAUGGUGUAUCGUACUCCAAUGCUUGUGUGAUGCAUUGCACGAGAUUUAAUGUGACAGUUAGACGAGAUGGCCCCUGCAUUGAAUACAGACGUAGGAACAAUGAUUUGGCAUAUAAUAUUACAUUGCCCCAACACUGGGUAUUGCCUAAUGCUACAAACCAUAAAUUAAUAGAACUGACUUUGUUGAAUAUUGACUUCGAAGAUACUGAAGAAACCUUAAAAAAUCCGACAUUAAGACGAAUAAGAUUAUCAAAGGCAUUACUCGAUUUUUUCGAUAAAUCUCUAUGUAGUAAUGCUGAUAUAAGAGUAAAUGUACUAAAAUCAUAA